AUGGAGAACUUGUUAGCUGCAAGUAUAGGGAUAUUACUAAGAAAUUUUGGCUGUCUCCUACUGCGCAUGGCCACUCAUAAUAUGGCUGUGGGUGUCAAUUUGACUGUUUUACUUCUCCGCACUAGAAGAAUUAGCUCUCUGUUUUUUCUUGAUUCUAACUGUCUAAACCUAUAUACAGUCCUAAUAGCUCGUAUCAGGAAAACAGCAACUAUUGGAUUGGUCGAUAUGUUACAAGAUCAUAGGAAUAGCACACGGAAUGAUUUUGCCUUCAGACUCUUGUCUAUGAUUAUACAUCCUGAUCUCAAAGCUAGCAAUAUAUUAUUAGGUGGAGAUAUGAACCCAAAAAUAUCGGAUUUUGGCAUGGCGAAAAUUUUUGGUGUUCACUAUCUCAAUGGAAUACAAAGAAGAUUGUCGAGACAUAGUACGUUCUACUUCCCAUUUGUUGUGUACAUCUUCAUUCAUCUUGACUUGUAUAUGAUGUGGAAUGGGAUUGAUUGUAGCGGUUACAUGGCUCCAGAGUACGCAAUGCGUGGCCGCUUCCCAAUAAAAUCUGAUGUUUUUUGUUUUUGCGUCAUGGUUUUGGAAAUCAUAACAUAA